AUGAAUAUUUAAUUGGCACACAUGGUUGUUAGUCAAUGGCGGAGCUUUGUAAAUAAGCGAAAGGAGGUCAGAGCCAUUCUCAUUGCAUAAUAUAAGCCUAGUUAUAUUAGAGUUCUUUAAUCAUAUAAAGAGAUGAAGAGACGAAGGUUCUAAUAAUACAUAAUCAACAACGCAUCUAAUUUAAUCUACAAGGCUUUGAAAAUCAAUUUAUGGAAAGUCAAGCAUCUUAAGCAAUUUUUGAAUUAAAAUUAAGUUAAGCGAUUUUAUAUUUUAAAAUCGUAAGAGUAAAUAUUUUAAAAUACCUUCAAUUUGCAUGCUAAAGAAGUAAACGUGAAAACAAUAAGGUUACACGUCUAAAGUAGCUGCCAAUAUAAAAAUCUUAUCCCUUUACUAUUUCACAAAAUUAAAUCUGCCGUUAUCCUUUUCAAUUGUCACUAACUAAAAAAAACCUUUGGAGAAACAAAUAUUAAUAAAGACGUAAUAAAAUACGAAUUUCUUUAUAACUUUAUAAAAUAUGUUAAAGUAAAGUUGCCAAUAAAAUAAUUUGUAUUCACUAAUUAAGAACGUACAAUCCAUUAAGAAUUACUCAAAAGAAUAGAUAAAUUUUAAUUAGAAGAAUACAAUCUGUUAAAAUAUAUUGAAUUAGACAAUCCAAAGAUUUUGAAGAAGGUCUAUCAAUAUAAUAGUCAAAACAGAGAUAGAUAACUCCACAUUUUUUUUGAUUUCUAACUGAAAGAGCUUGCUGCUGUAUGUCGAAUUCAAAAAUACUUUAGAGCAAAAAAAGACAUUGCUUCGAAUGGUAUGAAAUAUCAAGCUAUCAUGAAAUUGAUUAAUCAAUCUAGAGCUGUUUAUGUCAUUCAAAGGUGGUUUAGAAGGAUCAGAUGGAAUCACAGAAACAAUUUCUUCAAAGAAAUCUCCUUUUAUGUUUCUCAAAUUCCAAAUUCAAAUUUGUAUCUUGAUAUGGAGAUCUAUUCGAAAAUUUAAGAGAUUGCUAAAAGUUAAUAACAUUCCUUAAAGUUUUUAGAAUAAUACAAUACGAUUGUAGCAGAUAACCAAUCAGCAAGACUAUAAUUUAAAUCCAAAAGUUUUGAUGAUUCAGUUUAAUCUACUUAUGUACAAUCUUUGGCUUUAUUUGAUCUUCUAAAUGUUCCUAUUGUUCCUAAUUGGCUUAUUAGAGAAAUCUAAAUGGUUUACAUAAAUGAAGAUAAAUUAAUCGAUUAUAGUGUUAUUAAACAAGAAUAAAUUUAAACUAAAUGGAAUUGCAGAAACAGAGAAUACUUAAAUAAGAAUAGAGAAUCUUUGAAAGAACUUCAAUAUGAAAAACCAGUUGAUAUCUAUGGAUUACUACAUUUUGGAGCAUCUAUAUCUUUUGAUUAUAUCAACAAUAGGGAUUACAUUAAGUUCACUUAUGUUUCAACAAGUGAAGCAAAAUACAGAGUGAUUGCAUUGGCUUUGCUUACUUACAGAUUCAAAUUUAAUGGAACCAGCAUUCUUAUGUUUGGGGAUAAUAUUUGGGAAGGCACUCAGCAACAAAAAACUACCUUUUUAAGCAGAUACUAUUAGAAAAUUUAGAAGAUUUAUUAAGUAGAAAUACAGACUUUGGAGAAAUCCUAAUUGUAUAAUGGAAAACAAAAUUAAGUAAUUUUAUGCUUGGAUAAUUUUCAAGCAGAGAAAUUCAAAUUUGAUAAGUAAACAGUUCAACUUUAAUUUUUUAAUGAAAAAUCUCGUAUUAUUGAAAAUUUUAUUUGGAUGUGUCCAGAAUUAGCAUGCAAAUAAAAAUAUUUAAGAAAUCAAGUCUCAAUAUAAUUGAAUUAGAAUAGCUUAAAAAACAGUUCACAUAUAUAGCAGGCCAACUCGUCAUUUGGUGAUAUUUAAUAAGAUUACAAGUCAUUUAUUCAAAAAUUUAUCCCAUAAUAAUCUCUUGAUAUAUCUCCAUAAUCUGGUAUAAUUGAUGGUAGUAGUAAUUCAACUUAAGUGCCUCUGAAAUUUUCAAUAAUGUGCUUAGAAAAUGCAGAGAUUUAAUUUUAGCAACCGAAAUUUAAAAGAAGAACAGAACAAUCUAAUUAAGAGUUUGUUAUGACUAGUAGAUUCAGAACUCAAAAUAAUAGUUUAAAUAAUUCUAAGAUUAAAGAAUAAAAUGACUCUUAGAAUUAUAGUUGCAUUUAACCAAAGAGAAGGUAAUUCCCACUUGAAGAUAUAAAUGAGCAUAUUGAAUAUUCUUAGCUUAAAUAACAAUAAUAAGAGAUGGCUUUAAUUGAGAAUAAGGAGAAAAUCGUAAAAAUUAAAUAAAAGAAUUUAAAUGAGAAGACUUUUAUUAGGGAAUUUCAAAAUUUUGCAAGUUUAUUACAAAGAUAAGAGCAAAAGAUAAUGAAGAAUCAAAUGAGAACAGCUAGAAAUAAUACAUUAGAAAAAUCAUAAAAAACAGAAAGCAUAAAGUAAACAAUAAAGAGUCAAUCUGUUACAAGAAGGGAAGAUUAUUAAGAUGUUUCAAUAGUGUUUCCUAAAAUAGAACCAAAAUGUUCCAAAAAGUAAACAAUAAACUCAAGAUUAUCCAAUUAUCAUAGAUAUGCUGUGUUUCCAGAAGAAUUGUAUGCUAUUUCUACAAAAAAAGAUACUUUUCAUUCUUGA